AUGAGCGAACUCAAUCGAUACUCCACCGCUUCUAAUCCCAGGACGUCUGGACAGCGACUUCUUGCACAUGACUUUCAGCAUACUCGCCCACCCUCUCGUGCACAAGCGCUUCGCCAGCUUCACGCCUACGGGCUUAGCGAGGUCAUUGUUCUGAGCGAUUCUGAGGAUGAGGCUCCAAGGUCCCGAAUGCCGGGGCCGCCGGGGCCGCCGCGCCAAUCUGUUGAUCUGACAAGAGAGUCAGUAUCCUCGGGUGCCAGCAGAAGCGGUCCCUUCGCUGCACCACCAAGGCCAUCACCAAGGCCACCCUAUUCACCAUCGCACUCUCUAGAAGGAGUGUCAGGGUCGGAAAGAGACUCUGUCCGGUCGACGAUCAUACAUGUCAUGCCGUACAUCGGUCGACCGGCCGUGCCUGCACAAGCGAGCCCCACUCCAAGUGAAGAUGUCUCUCCAUUACGUCAAACGUCUCAGGCUGCAGCGGUGAAUGAGUACCACGCACCACCGCAAAGCGGUUCGAGGGUGGUCUUUCCAACAUUUUCACGAGCAUCCAUCUACUCGCCGCCUAUUACAUCGCAGUCUAGGUCGAGUGGGCGAGUAGACAGUCUCGGAAGUCCUCUAAAGCCUCCUCAACCGCAGCAGAAUUUCAGAACAGAUGCUGUCAAGUCAACCUGUAUUGCUUGUAUCCGUGGCAAACUCAAAUGUGACGGCGCCAAACCUUGCGGACAGUGCAGGCAGCGAGGAGACCGGGGAUGCAUAUAUUCAAUGACCUCGUCUCCCUCUUCGCAAGCUCCUGCCUAUCCAAUGCCAGUAUCGUCCGCAAUGCUGGGAAAGCCUGCCCACUCGAUCCACUCGCUUCAGCGUGCUGAAGCCUUUCGUCCUGUUCGAUUUGGGCAACCCGCGCAACCCGCGCAACUCGCAACACCGGUUGAGUCCGUACAAUCGGCACAGCCUGCACAAAUCCCACAGACUAUACAGCGGCAGUCGAUGGUGAUAACUUUGAAGCUCCCAGCUGCGAAAAUGGUAAAGGAAGACUCCCAGGCGGAUGCAGGUUCUUCCGAGCAAGAGUCGGGCUUGCGCAAUGACAACCCACGUAGCAAUUCGGACCGCGAUGGCUCGACACCAAAACCUUAUAUCCCUAACGGACAACCCAGAGAUAGGGCGUUACUGCGCAGGGAACAAAUGGAACAACAUCGUCGGGACAAUCCCCUAUCGCCGAAGCCGGAUGAUAUGUCCAUAUUUGAGUAUGUAGAUUUCCUAUUUGACCAGCUCGGCUGGGACAAGAAGGCGCAUACCAGCGAACAUGGAUAUGAAGUUGUUGACGAUAACGAAAAAUCUGGAUUGCUGAACUUACCUCGUCUCCAUACCGGGAUUGAAGCGAAAGUUGAAGAGUUUGAAUCCCUGAUGGAGGAAGUGCAGAAGCAGCUCCAGGCAUGGCGAGAGAUGUCUGUGCAGGGGGAUCUGAGGCAGGCAUCAAUCGAUAUGAAGACUUACUCUAAACCCAGGCUAGCAUCGCCAGCUCAAGAUCCUUUUAGGGCGAUUACUGCGGAGCGGAGGUCUGCCGCAAAUGCAAGUUGCAAACCAGACUUGCACGGGCAAGCAAAACCGCAAGACAAGCUAAACAGCAAGAAGUUGACGGCGAUACGAGCAUCUGAGCACCCCUUCUGGACUGGAGGCGUUCUCCUGCCUAAGUACAAGUCCAUCGGGCGUGUCUCGGCCAGCUUUCUUGCCCCGAACUAUCGUACAGCUAAAUAUCGACCCUACGACGCUGAAGAUGAGAUCCAAGAUCCAGAUGCGACCGAAAAGUAUGCCGAACUCGAGCAGAGAUUCAACAACAACUAUCCUGGCUUGAGAUCGCAACGGCAUUGUCAAGAACUGGUCUGGUUGUGGAAACCCUGGGCGGAAGAACUCUUUGUGUGCCUGGGCAUCAAAACUAGCGACGUGCUGUACUUCUUCACGCAGGACCACUUUGAUCCGGACCGUGAACUUACGUAUCCAUGGCCUGCCGAGUCAGCCAGAGCGUGGAGGGAGGAGCAAAUGCGCAGAUGCCGGACUUGUGAGCUUGCAGAUCCGGAAAGCAGGUGGACCCAUUUCAGCGAGACGUUCAACAGUCUACCCAAGCCUGACGACCGAAGCCUUGCCCUUGCAGGCCUGGCCGCUCAUGCUUUUCACCAGCGGACCGGAGUGAGUUUGUGGCACGUCGCGAUCGGUGGCCUCUUACAACCACGGUACGAGGAUCCUCAGGCUAUGGCGAAGAGAUCUCCCAAUUUCUGUGUGAUAUGUUUCCGCCAUCAUUGUCCAGAUCACGGUUCAUACGAAGAGCCAAACGAUGAAGACCACGGCGCCAAAGACGCCGAAGAAUUCAAAGCCUAUAUCAAUGAUGAGGAGCAAGAUCACAACCUCCGCAAGUUCAUGUCGCUGCCGAUUCGUCCGCGAAAGGAUAACACGAAGCAUACCUGUGGGGUGUUUUGUAUUGAUCCGUCCCAGAAGCUGUCCCAUUUGAUAGGACGGCAGCGUGAUGGAAGUAUUGGGGGCGAGAGCCGCCUAGUGAGCCAGGGUAGACAGGUUCUGGCAGACAACGAGCUCUGCAGCUCGUCCUGCUUUUGGGACGUCACCAGCCGGCGGGACAUCAAGAUAUCAGAAGUCAAGUUUCAGCCUUUCAUGUCACAGUCACAAAAGUUGUUGGUCGACAAGCUGAUCGGAUUCUACCUCAACAACAAGCGAGGACCAUGUCUCAUCUCUCGCAUCAUCAAAGAUGUGAGCUGUCUCAUGGUGUUCAACUAUACAAUCUUCUACAUAGCUUCUGUCCCACAUCCACUGCCAGAUUCUGGCGCGACGUCUGACAGCAGUGCUGCCCCGCGGCAUCACAAUAUUAUGCGGAAAAAGAAGAAACCGCUUCCGAUGAUUGAUGUGUCGAGAAGUGCCGAGCUGGACCAACGACCGCCAUUCAUGCCCUGCUCCCAUGACGGACCUUGCCACACCAACCCAGCCUGCACUUGCUCCCGAAGUAAGGUGCACUGUGAGAGGUUCUGCGGGUGUGACGAUUCAUGCAAGAGACGCUUCCGCGGCUGCAGCUGCACCACGCGCGGGAGCAAGAUCUGCUUCAAAGACAGCCGGUGUGAAUGUUGGAAGCUCAACCGCGAGUGCGACCCGUCGUUAUGUGGCAAAUGUGGCGUUGUCGAAGUCCUCGAUUCAGCCAAUAAGUACAAAGAUGAGAUUCGGCGAGGACGAUGCAGGAACAAUCGGAUUCAGCUGGGUCUGCCAGCUCCGACCAGCAAGGCACCCAGCCAAGUCCAGGGCUAUGGCCUCUACAGCAGGGCGGACAUCCCCAGCGGCGAAUUCAUCGGUGAGUACACAGGAGAGAUUGUCAGUAUUUCGGAGGGCGAUCGACGAGGGGCUAUGUACCACGUCCUGAAUCAGGAAUAUCUGUUCGUCAUCAACAAGGGCCAGGAGAUCGAUGCGUCCAACAACGGCAACAAGAUGAGAUUCAUGAACAAUUCGCAACUCGAAGAGAACAUCAACGUCGAACCCAAGAAGCUCUUGUGCAGCGGAGUGGUACGUGUCGGGCUUUUCGCGAAGCGCUUUGUCAAGGCAGGCGAGGAACUGCUGUACAACUAUAACUACCCCGAGUCGGUAGUGAGGAAUUUCUGGGAACCGGGCGAACGGCCAUCAACUGCUCGGAGGCUGAUUCCAGCCGGCUCCGAACGGCUCGCCCGAACCACAGGUGCGAACAAGCUGGCGGAUGAGAAAGUCAGCAAGCUGGCCCGCGUGGACAGCAGCCAGUCCCCGUUGUCUCGCCAUCCGAAGAGGAAGAGACCUGUCGUCGAGAGUCCCCUUGCUACCCAUCGUUUCGACCGGGUUCUUCUUCGGCAAGGCGAUGACUCUGAGAGUUCUGCAUACGGCACGGCACCAGUCCCCGAGAUCGAUGAUUCCCAAGACUCGGAUUACGAGACCAAUGGUCUGGUGUCGGACGAAGGCGAUCUGGAAGAUGGACCGGACGACGAAUCCGAUGUCGACGUCGACGAGCCCAAGACGGCUUCGGGAAGGCGAGCUUCUACACGGCGUUCGCUACAAGGCGGAGCAGGUCGUUCAGAGCGGAGUCAAUCUAACAGCAAGGCCGCGGGGACAAGUAGGUCGCGAGAACGCAGACGGCAGAAUGUUGAUAAGGACAACAGCCGAAGUCGUGGUGCAGCGAGUUCCAGCGUGGUGGUGAAGGACAAGAAAGAGCUUGCAGCGGUCAAGCGCAAACGCAGGAUCAUGCCUUAUGACAAGCGGCUUGGAGGGCGCGCGCAGCAACAGGCGUGGCGGACUAGAAGGCUUCGAGAGUCUGUCGGGUUGUCCAUGUCGCCCAGUUCGACUUCCACGUGGAUCAGGGAUCUUGUAUCUGACGACAGAUAG